AUGUGUGCAAUGACGCAAGAUAAUGACAAACCAGACCUUUCCCAAAGAUAUACAUCCAAAGGAAAAAUCCUUCUAAUUAUCCUUAGUCUAUCCGUCCUGACCAUUGCUUUGGUGUAUCAACCGUUACCAGAAAAUUUUCCGCAACCAUGGAAAUAUCGAUUUCUUUCAUUUGGAGCACAUCUAUUUUCUAAACUAGGCUAUCUAGGCGAACAAGUAAACUUAUUUGAUCGUAUUCAUGUUCUCCGUUUUCUUUAUUAUACAUUCGUUGGUUGUUUUAAAAUACGAAAUCCUGAACACCAUUUACAAAUUUACGAUAGGAAAAUACUCAAUGUGAGCGUUCGAAUAUUUGAACCGGAAGAAUUAGCAAAUGUUGAUCAAAUGCCAACGAUCAUUCAUUUUCAUGGCGGAGGUUUUCUUCUAGGCUGUCGAGAUACCUAUGAUCAAGUGACGUAUGCAUUAGCAAAUUUAACGCGUGCCCUUGUCAUAUCAGUAGAAUAUCGCCGAGUACCAGAACAUUAUUUCCCUGCUGCAUUCGACGACUGUAAAUUAGUAGCGUAUGAAUUAUUUCAAAAUGCUUUAAAAUACCGUAUCGAUGUCAAUCGAAUAGCAUUGGCAGGAGAUUCAGCAGGAGGAAAUUUAGCUUUGGUCAUCACUCAAUCAUUAAUUAGAGAUGGUUUCAAUCCUCGUACUGCAUGUCUUAUCUAUCCUGCUCUACAAUUUUUCGAUUUUACUUUACCAUCAUACCGUUUGUACUUACCGCGGAACAUUCUCGGUGUCAUCAAUGAAGAAAACUUUCUUUCCGUCAUGUCAGAAUUGAGCGAAAGCAAAGUUAAAGUCACACGUGAUAUUCUUUUCAAUAAUCAUACAUCAGCCGAAGAUAAGAGACGCUUACGUCCAUAUGUAAAUGCUGGAAAACAUCUACCGAUAUCGCUUCCAUUUGAUACCGAUGCAGAAGGAAACGAAAAUUUAGUUAAAAAUUUAAAUUUUCUUAUUUCACCGAAAAUGUCACCAUUGUUGGUAUCAGAUGAAGAAUUGAUGCAAUUACCACCGAUUAUACUUUUUACAACUGAAUUCGAUAUACUCAGAGAUGAAGGUUUUAUCCUCGCCGAACGUUUGAAAUCUUUGAAUAAAACUCUUUAUCAUCACCAUUUUCCUGCGACGUUUCACGGUGCACAUCUUUUACUCUACGGUCCAUUGAAAUUCGAUAUUGCCUAUGAAAUGGUCGAACAUAUAUCGAGAAAAAUACGCGAAAAUCUUUAA